AUGGAAGAUAUUCGACGAAGUCGUGCCCAGAGAUCCAGAGAACAAUCCGGCCCACCUGUGAUCAAGCUACGAUCCUCGUGUGACUACUGCACGGAUUCCAAGGUCCGAUGCGACAAGCAGCAUCCCAGCUGUGGCCGCUGCACCAAGCUGGGCCACAGAUGCCAAUACAGCGUCUCCUUACGAACAGCGAGGCUGGCCACUCUUCUGACAGCUGGAGAGAACCACGGGACAAACCACGGCGAUGAAAGCAACGAGGAUGCUCGGAAUAAGCGUAAAAGAACACCACCGGCAGCAAUGAGUGGCGCCGGUGGGUCUAUACCACCGUCAUUAUCGCCAUCCCGGCCAUCAUCAAGAACAUCGGCAUCUUCAACAGAUCGCCGAAACCACGGCAUGUCCGAUCCUCCUGCUGCUUCCGAACUGAGCACCAGUUCUGGCACAAAGAGUAUGCCCGCUCCGACAUUGACAGACGGUCCCGGCUACAUCACGCCGUUUAGCUUUGAGUCUGGGUUUGCGGAUCCCAAGAGCGCGUACGUCACGGAAAAUGGUCAGGAGCUAGAGGACGAUUUUCUGCUAAACCAUCUCCCCGGCGCAUCUUCACAUCUUCUACCGUUGGACCCCUCUGCGGGACUACAACGUCCUUGUCCUGACGUCGCAACAACGGCCCACGAGUUCGGUCCACUCUGGGCUUGGCCGGACUUUGUAGACCAGCCCAUGCUGUUGUCGGGGACUCUGUCAUCGCACAACAAUGCUCCAUUCAAUUUGAAUACGUCUGGAGAAUGGGACGAGAAUGGUGCUACGGCAAUGUCGACGUUGAAACCUAAGCCCAUCGAUAUGCAUUCACCUGGCCUCGGCAAAAGUAUGACCAUGACAUCUGAGAGUAACGAAUCCAACACCGGUCUGGCGACUCCCCUUGGUCAUGACUGCACCCGCGUCGGCAAACGUCUGCUCGCCAGCGUCAAUCGACUUUCUAUGCGCGAUGAGGACUCCCCCAGCGGAUUAACCACCGGCCAGGCGCUGCUGGUCUGUUCUGGCAUCACGAAACGGCUACAGCAACUCCUCGAAUGCUCCUGCAAGGAAGACCCACAUCUCCCCUUUCUGAUCGCCGUGAUCAUCUCUAACGUGCUCAUCAUCUACAGCAGCAUCGCCCAGAUCAGCAUCCCGCCGUUCUGCCGGGGGCGUAGCGUAGCUUUUCGACCCGCGCCCCUCACGGUGGGGGUCUACGAAAUGGACGACGAGGCGGGGCGGCUGCUCAACGCGCAGUUGGUCGUGCAUGAACUGCGCAAGAUCAGGCAGCUGGAGGCUCGGUUUUCAGAGAAAUACUGCCGAACCUUCGAGGCCGAGACCGGCGAGAGGGACAUCUAUUCUGCCCUGGGGAAUUUUGUCGGCCAGAGACUCAAUCAGACAAUUGAGGCCUGCUCUGGACAAGGACUGAACUGCGAUUGA